GUAAUAUACCAUCACCUGAGGUCACGGUUUUCGAGAGGCAGGGUCGGGGAUUACCAUAUAAAGAAAUUAAAUUGAAGAUUCCCAGAGAAGCGGAGAGACUAUACAUAAAGGUUACAAGGUGUAUUAUUAAACGUAAUGAGGUCCAGGAGGAAACCUUACAAAACAUACCGCCCAACACGAAUACACAUCAUACCUGUUUUGACACUGCUGAGAUUUCUCGAGGCGAGGACGUACGCUACAAAGUAGGAUUUUAUCUUGAUGAAAAGGAUGAGAAACCGUUCAGAGAAACAAACACAGGAGUCGAUGUUGAAGCCCAGGUUCGUAUUGGUCCUGAAACACAAUUGAGCAAUGGAGCUAAACCAACAGUCACCGAUGUUCUUAAUGACCAGGUAAAAAAACACUCCAAGAAUUUGAGAUCUAUAAACAAUAACAGAAGAUCGGUUCGUGGCUUCAGAGACUGUGAGAUUGUAAUGAGCGUGAUCUGCCAAACCUACGAGGCUUUCACAGAGUUACGAGAAAUGUGCUCGGAUGGGAGAGUGUCAGAGAUCCUUUCGGACAUCGUAACGAACGAGGAAGCUUCAAAAUCCUUAAACUUACCCAAUUUGAAACUGGACGUCUACAUGAAGUACAGUUCCUACCUAGACGCUCGCAAGAACUUUGCCCGAGCAGCCUGUGGAAGCAUGCCUCAACUGGAAGCAAGGCGGCAUACAAUAGUUGCUGGUACAGUGAUUGAGUGGAAUUUUGCAACCCAAGUUCCAUAUUUGCAGUGGCGUCAUUUACAUUGCAAAGUUCAGGGACGCAUCUCUGAUGAACUUGAAAGGGGCCAAUGGAUCGAUAUUGUGUCCUACAAACUGGGUGAAAUGGGUGACAGUGACAUACAAAUAUAUUUUGAUCAAAGUCGAAAUCAAUGCUGUUCCUACAGGAUUGGUGCUUCCUUUGACGGAAAAAAGUGGUAUUUCAGCAAUUUCAUAGGCGAAGAAGUGGAGGUUCAAGUCAGCAUGUCGGGUUCAGAAGCCAAUGUCGACUACCUGAAACCAGUGCUGAAAGACAUAAUCGACAUAUCCAGAUUAGAGAAACGAAAUCUUUGCAGAAGAGGUGACAACAUAUCUACUGCCAUUGACUGCCUUGAGGAUGGUACACGAUAUGUUGAAGAUGUUCGCAUUGAAAACAGCGACAUUAUCCUUACAGUCGUUUGUGAUUCAGAGAAGUCGGUGGAAGAAGUUGUAGAUCUCUGCUGCAGAGGGUCCGUAGCCGUUGACCUUAGUGGUGUAUUAGAGCGAGAAGAAGAUAUCGACAGGACUGCUGGGGUUACUUUCGAAGAUGUCAAAUUAACUGUGGAAUCUAUAAUGAAACCACGUCAAGCACCCGAAUUCACUCGUAAUGUGAUUAUUAAGACUAUACACCCCUUUCGCCUACAUGAAGCACUUAAUUUGGAGACCAGUGUUCCAAAGAAAAUAGGCAAGAUUGAAAGAGAUGAAGAAAAGGAGAUCUCGGCCAGCAUAUGGAGAGAAAUAGGCCCGAACCUCAACUUACCGAUAUUAGCGUUAAGCAACAGAGCCAGAAUAGAAAAAGAUAUAUCCAACCUAAGAGUUAAAGACAGGGAAGUCCACGCCAGCAAGUUCAGAUCAAAAUCCUGUGUCGAUUUUUCGAAACCAAUUGUUCCUGACAUUACUGAUGACGAGCAAUGCUCUUUGGAAUCUAGCUAGUAGUACAAAG